AUGUCCGACCCUCUUCCAACUCCCCGUGCCGAAGUGCUACCAGUCGUGUCCCUGAACACAACCGCCCAGGGAGGAGACACGCCAGCGUCAACCUCGGCCCCCGACCCGGCGACCUUUGUCCGGGUCCGGACCACCCUCCCUAAGCUGCCGUUACCGUCCAACGCCGACCGGGUGCCGGUGACCACGGCGCGGCUGCUCCUCCGCCCCCUGGCGCAGACCGACCUGCCCGCGCUGCACGUGCUGCGCACCCAGCCCGAGGUCAUGCACUGGACGGCGGUGGGGAAGGUCGACCCGGACAUGGCCACGACACAGGCCCGUCUGAAUCUGUUCAUGCCGCCCAACGACGCCCACACGUACAACUGUGCCAUCUGCCUGCGUGACACGGGGGAGUUGAUUGGGGUUGGUGGUUCGCAUGUUUGGAAAUCGUCUCUUGGGUGGCCUGAGGUCGGGUAUAUGCUCCGCAGGGAGUACUGGGGGAAGGGGUUGGGGACGGAGUUUUUGAGGGGAUUUUUGGAGGGGAUUUGGGAGGGUUUGGAGAGGGAGGUGGUUGAGUUGGAGGUGGAUUCGAGGAGUGUGAGUGGGUGUGAGGGGGGAGUGGGUGCUAAUGGUGAUGUUGGCAGAGAGGCGGACUCGCUGGCUGCUGAGGCUGGGGAUGGUGGUGACGGGCAGAGGGUUGGCAUUGUGACGGUGCCGGAGCAGCUAAUCGCUAUCACGGCGGAAGGGAAUGGAAAGAGCCAAGCGGUCUUGGUCAAGACUGGGUUUGAGUGGUUUGUUACAUGGAAAGCGCCGGAUUCGGUCAAGGGGGAUUCGGACGAUGGGUUGGUUGAUUUGCCUACAUAUCGAUAUUUCCCAGGAAGGAAAAGGGGGGGCAUAAAGGGGAAGGGUUGCGACGAGUUUUGUGUCUCGGUUUAG